AUGGCCCAUGCCGCCUCCUAUGGCGCACAGCCUGGCGCCACGCUGCCUGCCUCCUACGGUGCCCAGCCGGUGGCGGCUCACGCCAGCUCCUAUGGCGCCCAGCCAGUAGCUGGUCACGCCACCCGCCUACGGCGCCCAGCCCGGUGGCCGGCCACUCGGCCUCCUAUGGCACCCAGCCGGUGGCUGCCGCGCCUCUCAGCCUCCCCUACGGCGCGCAGCCGACCGCCGGCCACUCGGCGUCCUACGGCGCUCAGCCCGCCGCCAACCUGCCCGCCUCCUACGGCAGCCAGGCCGCCGCGCUGUCUGCCACCUACGGCGCACCGGCGGCCUCCUCGCUGGCGGCCCUCCUACGGCAGCCAGGCCGCCGCCUCCUACAAGGCACAGGCUUCCGUCCCGCUGACGGCGGCCUACCGAGCCCAGGCCUCCAACUCGAUGGCGGCCUCCUACCCGGCGCAGCAGGCCUCCUCCGCGUCGCUGGUGGCCGCCUACAGAGCCCAGCCGGGCAGCGCCUACGACGGGCCGAGCCAGCUGGGGCAGCAGGCUGCCUCCUACCUGGGCCUCUCGCAGGCCGGCCCGCCGCCGUCGCACCGCCCUACGAGCGCACCCCGCCUCUCCCCGCCUCGCAGUGCCGGCUAUGACGAUCCGUACAAAAAAUCCUCCGCUCUGGCAAAAAGGUAUGGAGCCCGGCCGGCGGCUCGCAGCGUAGCCCACCUGCGGCGGCGUCUUCUUCCCCUCCUCCCUCCCCUCGCUUCUCUGUGCUGGAUACCGGGGGGCUUUCGGUGCCGGGGGACGGGCCGGCUGUCCGUCUGUCCCGUCUGCUGCGUCGCUCCGUGCCGCGACAGCCGUCGGCGCCGGGUUGCGGCGGUGCCACGCGCCGCUUGGGCUCACGGUUCAGCCCCGGAACGGGGUGGGGACGAGUUCGGCUUGGCUUGUUCACCGAGCGCUGCCCGGUCCCCGCGCCGCGCCACAACGCAGGUGCCCGCGCCGCCGCUGCGCCUUCACACCACGUCUCUCUUCUCUCGCCCAGGUACAAUCAGACCGCCGUCUCUCUGAGCUCUCAGAUUACCGCCGCUUAGCGGACUCCCCCGCUCGCGUACCGCCGCUCGCCAACAAAGUCCCCGAUGGAUUACCGCCGCCUGCCAGACGCGCACGCCGAUUACGCCCGCUACUCGGGUGCCUACGGCGAUUACCUGCCCGCGGCCCGCGUGC